CGUUCUCUGACGAUCGGCGCAGCUGCGGCUCCAGCUGCGGCGCCUUUCUGGCAGUGGUAAAACGCUGCCGCAGGAAGAGCACAGGAAGCUGGCUUCAAAAGCCUGCGCGUCGCGCAAUGGUCUUGCAAGAGCUUUCCAACAUGGCCAUGGCCUAACGAAAAUUCAGAAUUGUCUGCUCAAAGAAGGAGAGAACCCGAAUUUGGUGGCAUUGCAGUGAGAAACGCAAGUUGACCCAGCAUUGCUACCACCAUGGGAACAGCAACGGACGAUUGGGGCUGAGCGCUUCGUGGUCUGCUUUCCUGAGCGCCACCGCAGAGGUUUGCUCUGCUUAGCAACUGCAUUGGGCUGCUUCAAAAGGGUUCCGCUCUUCCUCUUAAGCUGAUUACCCCCUUGAACAACUUCAAAAGGAUUGGCUCACGAUUAGACGCGGAAACGGAAUCCUUUGAGCAUUGAAAAAUUGACAGGUGCAACAUACUGAGUGAUGCAACAGCAUUGCGCGGCUAGCGAGUGAAGGGCAAUGGCGUCGCAAAGGGCUAAGCGGGGCGGCGUGCACGGGAGCAUUCUUUCGUUUCUUUUCAGCAGCCAGUGCAUAGCGAGCGCGUCGUUUGUUUUCAUGUACAUAAUCUUCAUUCACCUCGCUCUUUUGUACACCGAGGAAGUGAAAGGGCUGAGCAACCGCCAUGGGAGUCUGUCUGAGGUUAGCCUUGACCUGUCUGGGUUUCUGGGGAGUGGAACACUCAACCAAGGGCGGAGACUACAUCAGGUUAAGUCGGAGGAGCUUAGAGCAGCGCUCGGAGACCUCCAAGGUCUGCACAGGAAAGUCAAGUUCAGCUUUCCCAACUGGGCAAACGCCCUCCGGUUCUCUUUUGAUGGAACGGCGUCGACGAGCCCCCAGCAUCACUUCAAAGAAGAAUCAAUGCUUGAUCACGACGCGGUGGAUCCGGAAUGGGCGCUUUUUGACAAGGAGAUUCUAGAGGAGAGUAGGUUUGAUUGGGCGCAUGCGAGCAGCAGUGCAGACGAGGAAAAUAGCAGCCAGGGGGGGGACGCCGGUGGCUCACAAGAAGAGAACGACGGGCCCCUCAUUGGGGAAGGUGCGCCUGGGGAGGUGCAAAUUGAGGACAUUGUGAAUGCGGAGCACAUAGUGGAGGACCUAGUGGAAGCACAGCGCACGCAUGCAGAGGAAGAGAUCAGAGAUGCAGAAGAGAAGCAGGAGCGGCUGUACGUGGAGCCCCUUCCAGAGGACACAAUGGAAGGGAUUCUUCAGGAGACGACGCUGUACAUAGAGGAGCGGGAAAAGUCUUUGGCGCGGCUGUCCUCGUUUGAGCCGAUCGAUGAAAACCCGCCAGAGCUGGAGUUGUUCGGGCUGGUGGAUGAGGACUCCCGAGCUACGGGAGCCUGGAUGAUAGGGGAAUCGUUGAGUGGAGAUUCUGGAGCAGAUUCCUUGGAUUGUGAUUCACAGGAGCUGUUUGACGGAAGCGACUCCUUCCACCAAGCCAGCUGUCGAGCCCGUCCAGCCUCGCGAGCCGCCCACUCGGCGGCGGCACCUUUUGGGCUUCCCCUCCGACGACUCGGCCCUGGGGGCCAGCCCGCCGUGCGCCCACGACUUGUCCGCGCUCGACCCUUUUGCGUAUAUGCAUGCCAGCAUCCAAAAGGCUUUCGACAGCGGGACCGGGCUCGUGCCGGGGCCGGCGACCACGUUCGAGUGCGAGAUGACGUUUGA